GCGAUGGUGAGCAGCUGUCCGGAGUGCACCGUGCGACGCGGUCAGAAGUACAUAGAUCGCUAACGCACUCUCCCAGCCUGCCGGAUCCGCAAGUACCUCGUCAUCGGUGGGAACUGAGCUGACCGCAGAGUUGGGUGUGAGCGCACCGAAGGCACGACGCGCUGCGAGCCUUGUCGCCGCGCGGAUGUCGAGUGCACCUUCACGUAUGUGAGACAGAAACCGGGACCUCCCCCGGGGUAUCGUCGCAAGAUCAACGUCUUGAAGGAACGUGUCGCGCCGUACAUAUCCAGCAAGUGCACCCGGACCAUCUCACUCAAGCCCAGCCACCCCAGAAUGUCCACCUUGCUGCUGCGCCCCCUCACACCAUGCCCGCGUCGUAUUAUGCGCUUCCCCCACCAAUACAUCCACCCUCACUGCAUCCUCACACGCCACCAUAUGUCGCAACGAGCCAGCAGGUCGUUCACCCCCUGUCCACCGGCCCCACUAACGUCCCUCACCCAUCGACUCACGCUUCCUACACAUCGCCACACGCACCCCAAGCCCCUCCUAUCCCUCCCCCUCCCCCACUCCGGCACCUCUCUCCGCCUUAUGGACCCUCCCCAUCGCUCAUCUACCGCUCGACGCCCACUGCAACGGGUCAGCUCUCGGGGCCGUCCGACGGCGUGGUAGGCCCCGCGCCAACUCCACAAGGGAUACUCGGAGGAUAUGCCGACUCGCUCAACCCGUUCGAGCGACUGAUCUCCCAUGACCUUCUCAACCAUCUCCUGAACCCUUACUUUGAGCAUGUGUUCUGGUCAAACCCGUACCCGCAUAAACCGACAUUUUAUCGCGACAUAGCGAGGCACCGUGAGGAGGAGCCUGGGCAGGAAGAUUGGACCGCGAUGGUAUGGGGCAUGCUCGGAUUGGCCUGUUUGCUGCCUAGACAUCUCAAGCGGCUGUCGGUUCACGAAACCCAAAGCCUACUAGAUACAUGUCUCAACCAGCUCAUGAGUUUCCUCGGCAGACGCGAUUAUACAAGUGUUACGCAUCAACGGUUGUAUGCGAUCCACUGCACUGCAGUUGUUCUGCUUCGCAACGGCCACACGGCCAAGAGCCGGGAACUCAUGGGAUCGAACCUUUUCAUUGCCCUGCAGCUCAAGCUUGACCGCGAGGUAACGUACACCCAGUAUGAGCCGAUCGAGGCCGAGAUGUGGCGCCGCGUCUGGUGGCUUCUGUAUGUGACAGAUAGAUCGGGGUCGACGUGCGAGGGUGCUCGCCCGGUCCUGAACGAGGCGCUAUGCCAGGGCGUGCGCCUGCCCUCAUGCCUCGACGAUGAAAGCCUCGAGCUGGCUGCGCAGGGGCGCAGGAGUUGGGAAUCCGACCCGUCGUUGCAGAGUCCGAUGUGGGGCUUCUACUUUGGAUGUGCAAUGUGGCGCGUGGCCGGCAAGGUGCUCACGAUGCGCGAGCGUGACGUGGCGACGCCUCCCGCUCCCACAGAUAUUCUCGCUCGAGUUGCUGAGCUCGACAUGAUCAUAGAAGAGCUUGACGAGCUCCUCCUCGACUGCCCCCCUUGGCUUUCGCUGCAGGUCGACCGGGAGAUCGGCAGCCCAGACUUGACUUCGGGUGGUGUCAGCACGCCCGUUAACCUCACAGCUGUCGAGCAGGGCAUCGGUGUGCAGCAGGCCAACCUCUGGAUUUCGCAGCUGGCCAUUCGACUACUCGCCUGCCAGUACCGCAAAGAGCUUGUGGCUUUGCGGUGGGCGACGCCUGAAGCGGCGGCUCUCGUGUCCACGGACCCGCGCAAUCCCGACGUGAUCCCCCGGCGAACGGGAUUUCGCGAGGCUAAGCUGCGGGAAAACGAGGAGAUCUUUCGCGACGACCGCGACCAUAUCCUCUCGACCCUCCUGCGUGUGCUUCAAGCAUUACCCAUUGAUCAGAUCGCGUGUAACUCCUUCCCCGGCCUUCAAAAGAUUCAGCACAUUGCGGCCACCCUGCUUCGCAACGACGAAAGUGUGCUUGCUGAGACAGGCGAGGCGAGCGGGAGAAGCCACAAGUCUUUGUCAUAUCUUCAGGAGUACGUCAACUACCUCACGCGACUGGAGGCUAUGCAUAUUGAGCGUCCUGAUAGCCAUAUCAAGAUGUAACAGAACGAUGAAAGAUCUUCAUGCUCAGCAGAAGAUUCCGAAGCAAUGCACGAUCAGGGUGCUGUCCGUGCACGGAUGCAUUGGGUAUCUAAUGUG